AAAUUGAAAUUUGGCGCCUUUUCCAUUUUCCGGUUCGUUCACAUUGUAGACGUCGCCCCGAUCGCAUUUUGUCUUAUUUGUCUGCGUGUGUGCCAGUAAAAUGGCGACGAAUAAUUAUUUUGGUUUUACGCACGGGGGAACGCAAUAUAGCGCUACCGCCACCGGAGCCGCCUACCAGCCGGGGCAGGCGGGGUACGCGGUUGCCGCCCCCGCAACGGCCGCCGCCGCCACUUACGGCACCCAACGCGCCGCCACCUACGAUACGGCGUAUCAGGCGGCUGCCGCCGCCGGACAAGGGACUUACGCGGCGGUGGGAACGGGGGCUACUCCUGCCUACGAGUACGGUUACGGGCAAACGGCAGCUGCGGGUUAUACGGGGGGGUACGACCAGAGUGCCGCCGCCGCUGCCGCCAAACCGGCCACGUAUGCCACCACUUAUACUCAAAGGGCGGCAGGACAACCACAAGCUCAGGCUGCGGCAGCUGCAGCUGCAGCCGCAAAACCAGCCCAAUACACUGGAACUUAUCAAGCAAAUGCGACCGGUUAUCAAGCAUCCUAUGCUCAACCAGCAGCACAAACAACCAUAGCUGCACAACCGACAACUCAAGCAAAACAAGCUAAUUCGACAACAACCUAUUCCGGUUACGACGCUGCUUUAUAUUCAGCAGCAACAAUGUAUGUGGCACAACAAGGUGGCGCUGCUCAACAAAAAACAGGCGGUUGGCAAGGUUACAAAAAAGGUGGUCUUGGUGCGAAAAAUAUGAGAACAAAAGCACCACCUAAACCACAACAAUUACAUUAUUGUGACGUUUGUAAGAUUAGCUGUGCUGGUCCUCAGACUUAUCGCGAACAUUUGGAAGGUCAAAAACAUAAGAAACGUGAAGCUGCAACUAAAAUGGCCGCUUCCGUUGCUGUAACCAAUCAGAAUCGUGCCGGUAAUUCAUUGCGAUGUCAAUUGUGUGACGUUACUUGUACAGGGAAUGAUGCUUACGCUGCUCAUAUUCGUGGAGCCAAACAUCAAAAAGUGGUAUUAUUACAUACGAAAUUAGGCAAACCGAUACCACCACAGGAACCGGAAAUAAUCGGUGGUCCUCGUAAGUCCGUCUCCUCCACACCAAAGAUAAACUUUGUGCAAUCAGGAGGUCUGGGCAUUCCCACAGGUAAUGGCGAUUCGAAAGAUGACGAUGUUGAUGAACAACCGGAACCUGAUAUACAACCAGUUGGACAAGAUUAUAUCGAGGAAAUUAAAAGUGAUGAUGGAAAAGUGAUUAGUUUCAAUUGUAAACUGUGCGAGUGUCGUUUCAACGAUCCCAAUGCGAAAGAAAUGCACAUGAAAGGGAGACGUCAUCGUUUACAAUACAAGAAAAAAGUUAAUCCCGAUCUGGUCGUUGAUGUGAAACCAUCACUAAGACAACGUAAAAUUCAAGAGGAAAAAAUGAGACGUGCUGCUUUACGUGAAGAAUUCUGGGCUCGUCGUCACUACAAUAUGCCUGAAGAUGAAGAUGAUCGAAUGUAUUGGGAAGAUCGUCGCCGUUACGAGGAGGAAUAUAUGGAAAUGUGUCGCAGGGGAAAUCUGGGGCCGUAUCCACGUGGAAGACCACCGUUUGCUGGAGGUGCACCUCCCUAUUUUCAAGGUGGUAUGCCGAUGGCUCGUCGAACCGAAUCAAGCGAUGAUCGUCACGUGAUGGCACGUCAUUCAGAAAUCUAUCCAAAAGAAGAGGAAUUGCAAACAAUCCAACGUAUUGUCAGUCAUACAGAACGUGCCCUGAAGAUGGUUUCCGAUCAAUUGGCCGAAACUACGAAAACUAAAGAAGGUGGCCAACCACAAACAAAAGAAGGUGAAGCAAGUACAAGUACUCCAAAGCCAGCUGAAGAAACAAAACCGGAACAACAACCACAACAACAGAAAGAAGAUGGACGAGAUAAUCAAUUGUUUUCUUUUCAACAAGACAGGGAUGCCAACCGUAUCCUUAAAGGUGUGAUGCGUGUCGGUCAUUUGGCUAAAGGAUUACUCCUACGUGGUGAUACCAAUGUUGAAUUGGUUGUUUUAUGUGCUGAUAAACCAACAUUGGCACUACUGCGUAAAGUUGUUGAUUUAUUACCACCAGCAUUGAAACAAGUUGCGCCAGAAAAUAACUAUACGGUGACGAUUAAUGCAGCUGAAGCUGGACUUACUGUUACCGGUGAUGGUUUAACAGUGUUGGUACAACUGACGAGUCCCAUUAUGAGAGAGCAAGAAGCUGCGAGCGGCGGGUUGGACCGGGACGUUCUCGCACGCGGCAAGUGUCUCCAGGCGCUGGCAGCCCUCAGACAUACCAAAUGGUUCCAGGCUAGGGCUUUGGGUCUACAUUCCUGCGUGGUCAUCAUUCGUAUUUUGAGGGAUUUGUGUCAGAGAGUGCCCACAUGGUCACCCCUAAGCUCAUGGGCAAUGGAAUUACUGGCCGAAAAGGUGAUUUCGUCAGUUCCGGGCCAAGUGCAGUUAUCACCUGGUGAUGCUCUUCGGCGUGUUAUGGAAGCUGUGGCUAGUGGUUUAUUGCUCCCUGGAGGACCUGGUUUAGGGGACCCUUGUGAGAAAGACAGUCCGGAUGCAGCCAGCGGUCUUUCGGCGCAACAGCGCGAAGAUUUGACUUGUUCAGCGCAGUAUGCGUUGAGAUUGAUUGCCUAUCGGCAGAUUUAUAAGGUUUUGGGUAUGGAUCCGUUGCCGACGCAGCAGAAGGUGUUCCGAAGAGAUCGGUCGGCGCGGAAGCGGCGUCGUUCGGGUGGCGAACAGGCCGAUUCUGAGAGUGUGGUUAUAGGCGACAGUGGAAAGAUGGUCAAGACGGAAGGAGGGGAGACUACGGCGGAAACGUCAAAGUGAAUUAACGGAAUUUCUAGUAAUUUUUAUUUUCUACCAGUUACUACUACUACUACAAGUAUUUUGAUGUAUAAAUGAUAGAAAUGCUGAUUUUUUGUUGUGGACUUGUAUAUCUACCUACGUAGUCGUAAUUUUGUUUUCUAGCUGUAUUGUCUGAUGAUGAAUAAAAUAUUACACUAGU